CGCCAGUCUCCCUGUGCAGCUCACAUGUCCCUUUAACUGAAACCCGGAAGUGCAGAGCAACCUGACACAUCCAGAUAGGAUGAGCAUGUGCCCCCCACCGCACCGCUAGCCCAGCCAGGGGGACCAUGGCCUCGGCAAGCUGGGCCCCACCUCGCCUGGAGGACUUCAUACUCACUGACAAGCUGGGGAGCGGGACCUAUGCCACAGUGUACAAGGCUUACAGGAAGGUAAUAGGAGCAGGCCUGGGUGGGCAGUAAAACAUUGUGAUAGUGUGCGGCUCAUGUAUCAAGAGCAAUUAUUCAGCACAAAUGGCAAAGUGCUGCAAUCACCAUGGAAACCAGCAAUGGUUGCUUUACUUUGAAAACUAUGCCCAGAUUCUUUUUUUUUUCUUCUUCUUCUAAAUAAUUACUGUGCCUAUAUAUUUAAUAAUAAUCUAUUUUGGAAGUAGCAUUGUGCCUAUAUAUUUAAUAAUAAUCUAUUUUGGAAGUAGCAUUGUGCCUAUAUAUUUAAUAAUAAUAAUCUAUUGUGGAAGUAGCAUUGUGCCUAUAUAUUUAAUGAUAAUCUAUUGUGGAAGUAGCAUUGCAUACUGUGAUUAGUGUAUCUGAUGUGAAAAUAUUAAUUAUUGCUGGCAAUGAUAUCAAUCUGUCACUGUACACCUGUGGGAUGGAUUAGGGUCAUAUAGGGAAGGAUAAUGAAAGAGUACUGUUAGAGUACUGUUUCCUUAAUGCUUGGCACAAUUCAUCAAUAACUGUUCAUAACUUCCUUUUAGAUUCUCGUGAGCAUUUCCCUCAAUGGGCUCCUCUACUUUCUGUUCCCCUAAAUCAAUCUUGAUGUGUAUAGUGAGUCAGAUAUGAUAUAAAGUCUAUGAGGUGCACAUAGCACAGUUAUGUACCGUUUUAGCGAUUGGAUACAUUUUCAAAUGGAUAAGCAACAGUAUUGAAGAGUGUAAAAUUAUUUUGUGAUCAUUAUUCACUGUUUUAUAUAUAAAACAAAAAUCUGUUAAUUGCAAACUCGUCCUUUUUCCUUUUAUAUGUUGGGUCUACUAGCGAAAUGCCCGUGAAGUGGUGGCCAUCAAAUGCGUCAGCAAAAAAAGUCUCAACAAAGCAUCAGUGGAAAACCUUCUGACUGAAAUUGAGAUCUUGAAGACGGUUCAUCACCCACAUAUUCUUGAGUUGAAGGACUUUCAGGUACGUAAUCAGACCUGAUUAGUUAUUAUUCCAGCAUUAUAAAAAUGACAAAAUAAAAAAAAUAACAACACAUCAUUCAUUAAAAUGUAGUGUUAUUACAGCUCCAGUCCUAAUACCAUGCCUAUUACAGUGUUACCCUAAGUUAGGCACAGGAGGUUCUGUGAUUUGUUACUCUCACCACUCUCAGCCAGGGUCAGAAUAAUAGAAGUUGCCAUUCAGAGCAUUUUGAGUGCAGGUGUUCAGCCACCAACCUGCAUGGUUACACUGUCCCCUAACCCUAAAUCCACAGGUCACGUCAGCUCCUUUAGCAAAUUUGUUUUCUUGAGUAGUCACAUGGGAGGUUACUAUAAAUGGAAUCCAUAGUCUUGUGAUCACUUUACACUUUUAUGACUUAACCUGUCACGUGCAGCAACUUUACAGCUAUUCUUCAUUGUUUAUGGGUUUUAUAGUAUCAUCAUUUUAGUUAACAGUUAACUGAAAACUGCAGCAGCUGUCCUGUCCUGUUGAUCAAUGCAGCUGAUAUGUUUAGGAAUAUAAAAUAUUUAUAUAAAAUAUAUUUGGAGUUAAGCUUCUGUUUUAAAAACAGUGCCACUUUAAAUGGACAUCCCAUGUGCCUUAAUAUUUUAUUCUCUGAAUAGCACCUGCUGCAGAUGUAGUGCAUUAUUCUCUAAAAUACUGUGGGACUAAGGCCUCCAUUAAAAGGGUAAUCCAACCAUCAUGACCACUACUGCUUUUUGAGGUGGUUAUGGUGGCAGAUGUCUGGAUGUGCAGUGUUUCAAGCUGGAACACUGCACAUCUUGAGUAAUUUGAUCUUAUGUGCCGGGGGCAAGUUGCCAAUUUUGCAAAUAACCCUGGUUUGUGCUUUUACCUCCUCCUUCUCUCUCAUUUCUUGUAAUACAAGUAUUUUUCCCAUAUUCUCAUCCCGUAUUUAGACUCAUUGCCUCUCGUACAUGCUUUCUAUUUUGCAGUGGGACCGGGAUAAUAUAUUUUUAAUCACAGAGUACUGUCCUGGCGGAGAUCUGUCUCACUUUAUCAGAACUCGUAGGAUUCUUCCCGAAAAGACGACACAAAUCUUCCUUCAGCAGCUUGGUAGAUAUGCCAUCAUUAUCACUUCGUUUUAUUUACCCACUCAAACAUUACUCACUUGUAAUUUCUAUUUCUGUGUUGGAAAACCAUUUCUCACCUUCUCCCACAAACAUGACGUAUUUAAUUCCUCCUCUUCCUUUCUUAAAUUAAAUAUCAUUCUCGCAGUCAUCAUAUUACUCUUAUUCACCUUACUCCUAUAUCGAAUCUCCCAGUCUAUGUUCUGGAUCUUUUUAAUAAAGACAUACAGGAUACCGCACUCACCAAAUAACACAGGUGCUCUGAAGCCAGGGCUGGCCAGGCCUUCCUUCCAAGAUAUGCAGAAUAAAUACCGGUACAGGUACUGCCGGAUAACAAAAAUAGCAGCUUUAUUGGGGCAAAAGCAGCAACGUUUUGACCCUGCCAGGUCCUUAUCAAGCUCUAUGAGCUUGAUAAAGACCAGGUAGGAGCGAAACGUUGCUGCUUUUGCCCCAAUAAAGCUGCUAUUGCUGUUACCCCAGAAUGCCUGAACCGUUAUUUAUUCUGCAUAUUUGGGUCUUUUUAAUGUAACAUUUAUUUUAGUAUUGUUACAACUUUGCACCAUAGUUGGACUUUUCCACCUUCUGUUCCGAUCUUACAUUGUGUCCUUGAACUUGUUACCAUGAGAAUUGAUCUGCUCUCACCGCACCCAUUGAUGAGUUUACCCUUAUAUUUACUAUUGUGCACUUGCUUAACGUUAUGCCAAGUGUUUGUCCCUAGUUACAUGAUUGUCCAGUUUAUUGGCCAUGCUUACAGACUGGAUAAAUUAAUCUCCAGUUUCACAGAUGCCAGAUUCUUUGGUCGUCUAGAUGUGGUGUUGAAUCCUAGUCUCAUCUGAUUCAAUACGUUGACUAGAGGGUUAGACUGCCGUACCCUCAACUAUACCUGACUUGCAUAGUAUAUGAGCUUAGAUCUGGAUUUCCUUCACUUUCUGCUAUAUCUGAAUAUUCUCUCUGGAGAUAAUUAUUUUAGAGUGCCUCUGAAACAGGUAAAUUUAGGGGAAACCAUCAGACUUGACCCAAUUAUCGCCAUGGAGGCAUUUUAAUAAUCAAGCAAUUUAGUGUCUGUUAUCAAGUAAGCACUCUAUAAAGACUCUAGUUCACAUUUUCCCCUUUUCUAUUCAAUGUAACUUUUUUUUUCUCCGUUUAUUGUUCUUCCUCUCUCUCUUUCUGUUCUACAGCCCCCCCUCUCACCUUCUUAGGUAUUUCUUUGAGCUAUGAAAUCCCUGAUUUUAUCACACUAAAUAUUGGUUACCCUGUUUGAGUCUGUGCACUGUAUCACGCAUUUUGCCAUACAGUAUAUUGAUUAAACAUGCUUCUUGUUCUCUCAAGUGUUUAAGUGUAUAAGCUUGUACACCUGUAGUCAUGCUAUUAUAGUCCUAACACAGAUCGGCCUCAGUUAGAGUCUGAGAGUCUGCUCCCCUUGAUGUGUCUGCGGCACUGUGAUGGACAUCAAGUAAACGUCACUUACAAGUAUAUAGCCUGUUUUGUUCAGAUAUUUGCCAAUGGAGUUCUUAAAGGGGCACUCUAGUCUCCAAAACAAAUUUAGCUCAUUGAAGUUUUGGUGUAUAAAUCACUUCUCAAUUCUCUGCCAUUUAGGAGUUAAAUCACUUUGUUUAUACAGCCCUAGUCACACCUCCCUAUGUGUGACUUACACAACCUUCCGAAAAACUUUGUGUAAAGUGAGAUCUAAUGUUUAUACUGACUUUUAUUGCAAAUUCUGUUCGGUUUAGAAUUUCUUAUCUCCUGCUCUGUUAAUCGCUUACUAGACCCUGCUGGAGACUCGUGUAUGUAUUUAAGGUUCAAUCUACAGAACAGAAGAUAAAAACUUGUAAAGUAAGUUAACAUCUGAAAAUGAAACCAAAUUUUAUUUCUUGCAGGCUUGUGUGUGUGUGUGUGUGUGUGGCUAGGGCUGCAUAAAUAGAAACUAAAGUAAUUUAAAUGGCAAUGCCUUGAGCAGUGAGUCUUCAGAGGCAUGAUCUAUACACAAAGACUGCUUCAAUAAGCUAAAGUUGUUUUGGUGACUAUAGUGUCCCUUUAAAUUCUGCGUAAAAUAACUCUCUCACUCUUUUCUCCAGUUUAUGUCGAUAUAGUAUAUUUUUAUUGGUAUUGUAAUCUCUCUCAUAAUCUUUCUUCUUUUAGCUAGUGCUCUGAAGUGCCUGUAUGAAAAAAACAUUUCUCACCUGGAUCUGAAGCCUCAGAACAUCCUUCUGAGCAGUCUAGAUGGACCUCAUCUGAAGCUGGCAGGUGAGUUUGUGGAAGCGGUUAUGGAUAAAAACAAACUGAGGCCAUAGAUCCUCCCGGCCUUCCCAACUCCUCACCAGAUUUUGGUUUUGCUCAGCACAUGACAUCGCAGGAUGAAGCACAGGCGCUAAGAGGGUCUCCCCUGUACAUGGCUCCCGAGAUGGUGUGCCGCAGUCACUAUGACGCCCGGGUCGAUUUGUGGUCUGUCGGGGUUAUUCUGUAUGGUGAGUGGACUGUACCUUUUUUUUAAUUCUUUAUUUUUCACUUUUGGUGCAACAUUUAGAUUGUACAGAUUGUUAAAAAGUUGAGGUUCGGUACCGUUCAUAGUUUGCACCGUUUUGGGUCAAGCAAUAGCAAUAAUUUUUAAACAACAGUAACAUGUUAAAACAAAACAGUAUUCAUUAUUUAGGUGUUAUGAUGUUUUGUGCGUUCUUGUGUUGGGAUAGGACUUUGCUUUCAAUCAGUAGCUCCUGUCUAGAGUAGGUCUGGUGGUGAUGGGACCCUAUGUGAAGAUUGAGUAGGUUUUCGAGUCGUGUAGUAGCAAGGUUGCGUCAGUUCCAUGUUUCAUGGUCAGACUCGCUGUGUUGUGCUGAGUAUAGGUGUCUACAUGCGUUAGUGGAGGUGAGCUGUUUGUCGUAGAUAGCGUGUUUUGGGUUGAUUACCCCUAACCAAGGGGGCUGCGGGGGGGUGAUUUGUCAGGCGCUCUGUGGUUGGACGUGUGAUAUGUUGGCUCUCAGUGGCGUAGAGAGGGUGGGUGUGGCAAUGGCCUGUAGUGUUUGGGAAUUGUUAGCGGAGGCUAAAUAGUAAAUAUUGUAAAACGUAAGUAGUAAAUAGUAUAAAACGUGAAUAGUAUAAAACGUAAAUAAAGUCACGGAAUGAAAUCAAAAUAUGUGUGCACCAUUCCUGGUGGCAAAGCCUGCGGUGUCAUUCCACUUCAGUCAUGGUACAGGGUGUUGUGACCCGCUGGGUCUCGGUUCCGACUGGGCGUUGCUCCUGGGAUCCUGGACUUCCAGUUGCGGGCUUUUUCAUGGUGGAAGCAUCGGGUUGGGUAGUUUCAAAGCGGUUAGGAGAUUAGGUGCUUCUUCCACGGAGGUUAGGACAUGGGUAGUGCCUUCUUGGGAUACCUCCAGAGUCCCGUUAGUGCCCCAUUUGUAUGCAAUUCCCGCUGCUCGGAGUUGUGUGGUGAGCGGUCCAUACGAUUUUCGCCACAUGAGGGUGGCCUUUGAUAGGUCCUGGAAGAACGUCAGGGAAGAGUUCUCAAACAGCAGCGGUGUCUUGCCUUUCAGCCCAGCCAUUAUGUGUAGUUUAUCUUGUACUGUGACACAUCUGAGGAUGACGUCUCUGGCCGUUGGGGUCUUUAGGUGGGGAGGGGUAGGCAAGCGGUAUACCCCAUCUAUGAUCAUUUUCUUCACUGCCGUGUGUGGGAGUACUGUAGCUAGUAGGCGUCUGGUGUAAUGCGGCAGCUCUUCGGCUGAUAUCUCUGCAGGGAUGCCCCUGAUUUUUAUGUGUGAGCGGCGUUGUCGAUCUUCCAUGGUUGACAUUUUGAGUGACAGGUACGUUUGUUGUUGUUGGAUUUGUUUGAUGGUGUCUUCCAUCGUGUUUAUGUGAGCAUGUACCAUCACUACUUCUGCCUCCGUGGUGUUCACCUUUUCCGUGACCGUGCGCAGUUCGGUCCUCAGAAGGGCUGAGUCAGCUGCUAGGAGCUUAUGGAUGUCUGCUAGAAGAAGCUUUAAGUCACGUUUGGUGGUUGGUGCAGAGUCAUCCGGGGACUCCAACAGUGGCUGUAGUGGUGCUUGUAAGUGCCCUUGUUCGGGACUGUACCUUUUAAAGCAGGUUUGCCUAUUUUCAGACAUUUAUUCGUGUCAUUAAAACAUUCAUAAAUCUAUACCAGGGGAAUACAUAAAAAAAAACGUGGUGUCGAAAAAAAAAUAGUACGCCUGUUUGGAUUAAUACUGCAAAAUGUGCAGAUAUUACAGAUGUGUGGCUUUAAAUUAACCUACCUGAGAUGGCUUGAAGGCUUAUUGAGCUAUAUGGGGUAUUUUAAUUUCUAGUCACCAUCAUAUCAGUCUUAAAUAUUCUCUAUCAGAGCUGCUUUAAAAACUGGGUACAUUUCUAGGUUGUAGCAUUCUAAUUAUAGUAGAAUUUAAUGACAAAUGGAACACUUCAUGGGGUUCUUAGGAAGUUAUUGAACAUUUACAUCUAAUGCUAUGCUACUUUAUUAUAAGAAGUAUGUGUAGAAUUUUCAUUUAGAUUCCUUUGGUGCUAAAUAAGUUUCCUACAUGAGAUGCCUAAUCAACCUUUGUGUUUUUUGAGUAGAUGUGUAUUUUUUUUUUGUUGUUGUUAAUUUAAUGACAUAUUCUGGUUAUAGCCAGGGUGUUCCAGUGCUUUGUCCGUAUUCUUAUCUAUAUAUCUCUGUCAUGUUCCAGAGGCACUCUUUGGGAAGGCUCCAUUUGCUUCCAAAUCCUUCUCUGAAUUGGAGGAAAAAAUCCGCAGUGACCGUACAAUAGAGGUAAUGCGAGCGAGGUAGUAUAAUUAUUUUGAGUAAAAAAAGUGAAGAUAGAGGAAGAAUAGUCUGCAGGGGUGGGGAUGAGAGUAGGACAUUUGUGGGGGAAUAGAAAUAAGAAAAUUGGUUCGAUUGUUUUGACAUGUCACGUACCAUAAAAAGUUAUAUUUCUACAAGCUUACUCCUUUACGUCUUGUCCUCAGCUACCACCCAGGCCGCGAGUGUCCCUUGAAUGCCGUGACCUGCUGCAGAGACUCUUGAAGAGAGACCCUAAUGAGAGGAUUUCAUUCCCAGACUUCUUUGCUCACCCCUUUGUAGACUUGGAACACAUGGCGUGUGCGGAAUCUCUACAGAAAGCAGUAUGUACACUCCAUAUUACAUACUUUUACUCUAUUAUAACAAUACAUUUUACUAGAUUACACUAUUGCUUGGCUAAUCUACAUUGCCAUGUCAUCAUGGUCACCCAGAAGUGGCACUUUGCAAUGAGAAUUCUGAUCUGCCCGGACUAGACUGUUGGUCUGCAAUGGAGCAAACUGCGUCUGAGUUCUGUGGCAACUGAGACAGCGCAGGGCUCUCCUUGCAGUCCGUGAGACCUCUUGACUGACAUCACCAGGAGGACGUAAUAUGUCACAUGCUUAAUACUCUCAUUCAAGAGAGCCUGGGUUUUCAAAAGCUCUCUCUAUGAUAGAGAAUGCAGAGACAGCACAUUCUCAACAUGACACCAAGUAGUGCAGUCUCACCUGCUCUACUCUCCCUCACAACACUGUCAAAGCUGAGCAGCAUGGUGAAGUGACAGGGCAUUCAUUCAUUUUGUGCGUGUCUGUCAGUAUGUUUAAACGUGCGUGUCCACGUUGCCUAAUUGUGUGCAAAUAGUAUCCAAAGUGUCACCCUCCUUGUACCAUACCUCUAAAGUUUCAUUUCUCCACCUGACUGUGUGCAUUCUCUCUGUUACCGCAGUUGUCCUUGGUGAUAGAAGCUGUGGAAAAAGAUAAUGCCGGAGAUUUCACCAGCGCCCUGACCCUGUACUGCCGAGCCAUGGACUAUUUCAUCCCUGCCCUGCACUGUAAAUAUUAUUUAUAAUUAAUGCCCUGUAAUAUCACCUCUCUGCACCUUAAACACAUCACUUCAUUAAAAAGUAGGGUGUACAGAACUGUGUUUAAAUGGUAGCUAUUUUUUUGUUUCAGUAAAAAAAAGUAUAAAAAAAAAUAAUAAUUAAAACUAACAAGGAAAUGGGACACAGUACAUGCAAAUGUCUCAUUUUGGUACAUGAAUACGGUACACCCAUUGAGCACUGAAAUAUGUGGGGGUUUACAAUGAGUCAAAGCAAAGUUAUUACAUUAUGAUCUCAAUAAAAAAAAUAAGAGCAAAAAAACAAAAAACUCACAAUAAUAAGUUACAGAAACACACGUAGACCGAGAGUGCCUGUGUGUUUUACCAUUUUGAAAUUCUCUCUCUCGUGAUAUUGAGGGAAAGGAGCUGAAGGAAACAGAAACAGUUUGAUUCCGUGUCCUCACCUCCUGUUUGCAUAUUAAUAUCGAGAAAGGAGCUGGAUCCAUGGAAAAAAUCUCAGGCAUACAAACUUGUAUGUUUCAAUACACAUAAAAAUGUGUACUGGUGAAGAACGGGUUAAGGGGAAAUAAUGCUAUCUGUAUGUCUAUCUAAUCUUAUCCACAAAUGUAGAAUAGCUUUCCUUGAUGUGUAUGAACUCUUCCAACAGUUUGAGAUAAGAUCUGUGUGAUAACACAUUUGCACUUACAUUUUCUUUCUCAAGGAAGUAUCCAGUUUAGAUCUGUGCUAAUAACACUAACCUCAUUCUGAUUUCUUUUUCUGUUUUAUGAGAGAUCUUGUAUGCAUAUUUUUGGCCAGAGUACAAUCGGUUUUCAUAUUCCGUUCUAUUGUUUUAACUUUCCUAAAAUUCUUUUGUAGAUGAAACGGAUGUCAGACGAAAACAGGCUUUGAGAUCAAAGGUUAGUUUGGACAUCCUUUCAAAUACGUAUACAUGUAAUACAUGGAAUCUUCUGCUAGUUAACUCUUUAUAUAUUGGGAGACAAUAGACCUUGUUCUUAAUUGCUAUAUAACAAAGACGGAAUAGAAUGUUAUGGAGUUUCUACAAGUUCUCUACAUUCUGUGUCUUAGCCAGUUAGAGUGGCUCAGUGGUCAUCCAGGGUCUCCGCUAUAGGGACUAUACCUCACAUUCAGCCAAACUCUGAUCUCUGCAGGUCACUCAGUACAUCUCUAGGGCAGAGGAGCUGAAGGUCCUGGUGUCCUCUAGUAACAGGACUCUCUUGAUGCAGGGCACAUCAGCACGGGAACUAUUAAAGGGUGAGCUCCGGCACUUUCUAAAUAAGCAGCAAACACCAGCAAGUGACUUGUAUUUCUAUGUAAUGCAAUCCAAAUGCAUCUAAUCUCCUGUUUCGUAUAACAAUGUGCUUGUCAGAUUCCAUCACAAGCCUCUACAAUCACCAUCACCCCUAGGAAAUCAGACCCUGCAUAUAUAAUGAUGUGAAAUACCUGGGUUUAUUCACUCAACUGGCAUCCACAGAAACAUGAUAUGUAAAUUUAUCAUUUUAAGCUAAACAAAAUGGAGAUAAUAUUUAAUCCCCCCUUUUUCUAAUUUUCCUCUAUUGAUAUGAAACUUGAAUUCCUACUCCGUUCCAAAACUCUGUUUAGUGAAUAAUCCCAAGUGUGCUUUUUGUCAAUAUAGCUGAAAUCCCCUUGACAUGAUCCAAGUGUGCUUACUGUCCCCGUCUGUUCUAGUGCGUCUUUACCCUCAGUCAAUAUUACUGGUAACUGCAUGCCUAUUUUAUAAUACGUGUUCUAAAUCUAUUUACUUCAUAGGCUAACAUGCAGAGAUGCUUUGCCAGUAUAGCUAUCUUGUUAUUAAAUGGUCCUUUUAUCUCUCCUUCACCUAUUUCAUACCUUCCCCGCUGUCAUGUGCUGGGGUAUGAUGCACAGAAAUGGCCCAGGACAAGCCACGUCUGUUUGCUGCUUUGGAAGUGGCGUCUGCGGCUGUUGCCAAGGUAAGCAGCGAGGCUGAGAAGGUGAUAUGGGGUAAGUCAUGCUGCUCACUAAUGCUUUCUUCUCUUGUCUUGGUACACUGGAUGCUCUUUACGAAGCACCGUUCCAGGGCAAUGUUUCUAAAAGUGGAACAAGAAACACUAACAUUCCUUUGUUUCCGUGGUGAUUGCACCAUCCUUAGAGCCUAACCCUGGAAUUGCUCUUUAAAACAAACCUGUUUUGUGCCUCCAGGAUGAAGAGGGUAUGGUGCAUGAUGCACUGGAUCUCUACCAGCAAAGCUUGGGGGAGCUGAUUCUGAUGCUGUCUGGUGAGUGAUCGUAUAGGUUAUGUGAACGUUGUCAAUUAAUGUAUAUCGGUACUGAAGAAGGAUGUCCUUAGUAUGCAAUAAGACAUAGAGACCCCAUGAUUCAGUAUCGUGUCACACCAUGACUGCUGUCAAUGCAAUGUGAUAUCACACUGUUUAAUAAGGGGUUGGAAUAACUGUUCUGCCUGUUACAUUAAUAUGCAGAUUGUGUAGUGCAGGGGUGCCCCGAAGGAAGAUCCCGAGAUGUUUGAAAAUUACAGCUUCCAAUAUGUUUUGCCAUUGUAAAGGCAUGCAAAGCAUCAUGGGAGUUGUAGAUCCCCAGAUGUUGUAGAUAUACAUUUUGGGCAUCCAUUUUGGGCAUCCUUUGUGUGUGUGUGUGUUAGUUAGACCCCAAUGCAUCUUGUUUGUGGAAAAUAAUAGGCAGAUCCCUAGAAAAUAAGAGAGGUGUUCUGAAAAGCAUCAGUCAUAAAAUAUUUGUUUUAACCUUUUUGAACUACUUAGUUUGUUUUUAUUUAUGUUUUUAACAAGUAAUGCAUUCGUUUCAGAAUUUAGAGAACAGGUGCCUGUGUUUAUCUUCGGCUCUAGCAGCAUAUAUAAAGUUAUUGGUACAGGGGAUAUAAAUAAUGGUAUCCAAGUUCACUUUGUAUAUGGGAAAUGCACGUUAUACAAUCUAUAAAGAGUUGUGUGAUGUGUAAGCUAAUUUCUGUAUGUAUGAUUGCUUUCUUUACAUCAUAUGUACAGCCCAUGCUUCACUUUUCAAAAGGGCGAUGUUUUUGCCACGAUCGUCAUAAUAUUUUGCCGAAUGACAUGUCUCCUGUUUGGUAUAGAAGGGCUGCAUGAUAAACCGUUCCUAAUAAUCCUUUCUGUGUCGGUCCUUUUUAGCUGAAGCAGCUGGGAGAAGACGAGAGUUAUUACAUGCGGAGGUAAGUACCAGUCCAUGCUGAGUAAUUAAUGCUAGGCUAUGGACCCUCCUUAACCCCUUUUGUUUUGUAUCCGUGCAGAUUCAGACACUAAUGAGACGGGCAGAGUUUCUAAAAGAGCAGGUAGGUGUGCUGUUACUGAAUUUAAAAAAUAAAUACAAUUUUGAAAAGCUCUUGUGUUGUAGAUUAGGAAAGCAGGCAAUAUAAUAAUCAUGGUAUUCCAAGACUGGGUUAAGUUGAUCACUUCAGAUGUCUUUUGUGAGAAUCUAUUGGAUAUGUGUGAUCUAUUGCUCUUUGUCCUAGAUAAAGACAUCCCACUGGAAAUCGGAAUCCUUGGAUCAGGAAAUGCUCUCCGAGUCCGUCCGAGGCUGUAAGUGUUUUUAAAGGGCCCAGCCAGGUCCAUCACAAUUGGGAACAAACAUUUUCUUCUUUCGUUUUCCAUCACUUACACAUUUACACAACCUUUCACAUUUUGUCCAAUUGCUCUUGUUCUAAUUCAUCCCUCUAUAUUUAUAAAUGUCAUUCCAACCCACUAUCUACCUUUUUCAGGAGACUCUCCAUAAAUUCCUUUAUUCUUUCAUCCUUUAUUCCACCCAUUCUGCUUCACUGUAAAGGCAUCCAUGAAUCCCAUCACUGUGAGCCCUCCAUAAAUAGUUUUUCCAUCAUCUAACGCCAACUUAUAACACAUCCCUCCUUACACCAAUAAUUCCAUCUUAAUAUUGACACGUUUCCACAAAACAAUUUCUCUCUCCCUCCUCGCUUUCCGUCUCUCCCUCCAUACUCAUUUCCUCAUAGUGUGAGACUUUCAGUGGGACUUUUAUGCCCCUCCACUACUUUUCUCACCAUAACCACUUCUCCUUUUUGUCUGUGUGUACUCCCUCCAGGAACUCUUCUCCUCUCUAACUAUCUGUACCUUCUGUUUUCUUACAGCUUGUUCGCUGCAAUGAUCCUCAGCAAUGCGCACACUGGUCUGGUUUUAAAUGUUUCUUUCUUGUAACUAAAUUAUGGUGAUUAGAAUAAUUAAAUUAUUUUCCACUGUUUGCUGCGCUGUCAUUUUAUUUGCCUAGUAACCCAGACCACCCAUGGUUAUUCACAGCGAAUGAAGCACAGUGCCACUUUGAUUGUUUCAUACCCACACAUAUCCGCAAAUUCUGGUUCUUGUAGCUGAUUUUACCUUUAUCCCUUUUGCAUUUUAAUAAUUUUUUUGGUGGCCUGAAAUUCAUAAAACAUUAAAC